AUGAUCGGUGCGGCGAGGAGCGAAUCCUCGCAGGUGUUGUGGAGCACGAUGGUGCUCUUGCCGCCCAUGAAGAUCUCCGAGGUGUACUCGUCCAUGGCCCUCUUGCUGUCUCCAACGUAUGGCACAUACUGCAAAACAACGGUGAAGCUUCAGUAUAUAAUUCCAGGUUUUUGCACCAACAGUGAAUGUGUCCGUAGAAGACCAUGUCAUCCACCACGUUACUCUUGGAGAUCUCCUUGGAACGGAAUGUCUGCGGCGCAGAUAGGUUCAUCCCAUCGUUGUUCCCCAGAUGGUUGUAGCUGA